ACAUGCUGCUCUUGAGAACAAAGCUGACCGCAACACUGGAAACUUCACUCUGACUACUCCUCACAAGCAAGGAGCAUCUUCUGUGGACUGACGUUUCAGAAAGAAUGUUUCAGGCAUUUAAGGAAUGGUUCUGGCUGGAAAGAUUUUGGCUUCCCCCAACGAUGAAGUGGUCAGACCUUGAAGAUCAUGAUGGGCUCGUCUUUGUCAAACCUUCUCAUCUGUAUAUGACAAUUCCAUAUGCUUUUCUCUUGCUGGUCAUCAGGUAUUUCUUUGAAAAGUUUAUUGCUACUCCUGUAGCAAAAGCAUUGGGCAUUCAAAAGCCAGUUCAAAAAAUUAUACCAAAUACCAUCUUAGAGAAUUUUUUCAAGAAUUCCACAAGGCCUUUGCAAAGUGAUAUUUAUGGACUAGCGAAGAAAUGUAACUUAACAGAGCGCCAAGUUGAAAGGUGGUUUCGAAGGCGACGGAAUCAAGAGAGGCCUUGCAGGUUGAAGAAAUUCCAGGAAGUUUGCUGGAGAUUUGCAUUUUACUUACUGCUUAGUGUUGCUGGAGUUGCAUUUCUUUACGAUAAACCUUGGGCAUAUGACUUCUGGCAGGUUUGGAAUGGCUAUCCCAGACAGCCGUUGCUGCCGUCUCAGUACUGGUACUACAUGUUAGAAAUGAGUUUUUAUUGGUCUCUGACAUUUAGCCUUGGCAGUGAUGUCAAGAGGAAGGAUUUUUUAGCUAAUGUUGUUCACCACCUGGCUGCUCUUAGUUUGAUGAGCUUCUCUUGGUGUGCUAAUUAUAUUCGCAGUGGGACCCUCGUGAUGAUUGUACAUGAUGUAGCUGACAUUUGGCUGGAGUCUGCUAAGAUGUUUUCCUAUGCUGGAUGGAAGAAAACCUGUAACGUCCUGUUUUUAAUCUUCACUGUCGUAUUUUUCGUCACCCGCUUCGUUAUUUUUCCCUUCUGGGUUUUACACUGCACGCUGAUAAUGCCUCUGUACUACCUCGAGCCUUUCUUCUCCUACCUCUUCCUCAACCUACAGCUGCUGAUUCUACAGGCCCUGCACUUUUACUGGGGCUAUUUAAUCCUGAAGAUGAUUAAAAAGAAUAUAUUAAAGAAGAACAUUAAAGAUGUGAGGAGUGAUAAUGAAGAGGAAGAGGAAGAAGAGGAGGAGGAGGAGGAGGAGGAGGAGGAAACUACCAAAGGCAAAGACAGAGACUGUUUGAAGAAUGGCCUUGGGACCAACAAGCACCUCAUCCCCAAUGGUCAGCAUGGCCAUUAGCUGGAAGCCCACGUGACCGCAUGCACAGUGUGCUGCAAGGACUGCUGGGAGCCGGCGACGCUCCCCACUCAUACUGCUGUGGCCAAGGGAACCACAGAGACCCCAGAUUCUGCCCUUUCCUCUUUCUCGUUUUUCCUCCCUCUUAAGAUGUGUUUAACAAAAUGUUGUUAAUUUGUGUUAAGAUAUUAAAUAUAUGCAUGCCUAUGAAUUUUACUGUAGCUAGGACACAGGCUGGUCAGAGAUUUCAAAGAUCUCUCUAGAGCAGGUUCAGGUCUACACGCAUUCAGGCGUGUGCUUGAGAGCCGUUUGACUUUUUCAGGGCUUGCUUUGCUUUAGCCCUUUCUCCUGUUCACCUGGCCUGUCCUCGGGCUGGUUUGACCAAUGCUAAGGAAACCCGCCUCUUCCCAGGCGUGUUCAGUCACAGAGGGCAGCUCAUGUCCCAAAGCCGUGGAGGGGUGGUGGUGGGGCAUUGCAGAAGGGCCAGACAAGGAGGCAGGUUCCAGGGCGCAUGGCCACUUCCUGCCAAGGUGGCUCAGGCGCUGGUCUGCACAGCGCAGUGGUGGUGCUUGCUCUGCAGCCCCUUAGGGUUGGGUGAGGGUCCAGUGAGAAAAGAGAACUGCCGCGCACAUUGUGCCCUGCGGGGUUGUUAGCUGACCUUCUCCAUGCUGUGAUUCCAGCUCUUUGGAGGACAGAAGCCCGGCUAAGCUUGGGGCGAUUGAGCAUUAAUGAAAGGUACAAUCUUAAAAAAUUCCUCCCAGAUGUGUCUGAGGUGCCUGGAAAUGCAAAUACCCAGAAGGCUCUUUCCACUUGAUUCGCUAACUGUGUAUUAUCUGCCCCCCAGGAGAGCUCUCAGGUUCCCCCUGGAAAUCUCCUCCCUUAGGUCCUGUGGCCAAGGGGAGGGAGUUCGGGCACAUCUGCUGUUUAUCUUUUGCUGGUUUUCACUUUUGUCCUCUCUAAGAGGGCAGCUGCCCUGUGCUGCCCUGAGCCCCUUCUUCGGGCCAGCUGAGCUCCCCGUGGACUGCGGGUGUCCCCCUGGGGGCCUCCCAGGGAGGAGGGUGCAGGCCGGGUGGCAUGCUGAGCCAUGUUCCCUGGGAAGCCUGAGCCUCUGGAUGGCAUUCAUGGGAGCUACGAGACCUGAGGAAGUCUUAGAGAUGGAAAGAGGAAGCCACACAAUUUCAUCUCCAUCACCCAUCCAACCCGACUGCACAAGGACAUGAAACCUCAACACAGAAGGCCACAGAGACCCCGAGCAAUGUCUAAGCAAGGGCACUGAGCCACCGCCAGCCCUCUAGGAGGGGGCUGGGGGCUGGUGGGCCGGGGCUGGCUCUGCCUCACCCUCCAGGAUGGGGAAAGGGAGCACUUGAACACAUCCUGUCCCUUUCGUGGCUGUCACUGCAGGGGACACAUGUCCUGAGCACGGUGGGCAGUGCUGACCUCAGGGCCUUCUGGGGUCCUACUGAGUAGAGGCCGGGCCUUCCUGAGAAGGAGCUUGUGCAAGGUGCACCUGCUCCCCCACUCCCCACCCUGCCUGUCACAGUUGGGGUUCAGUUUUGUAUCUUCAUCCUGUUUUGCUCGGGGUUCUUGCUGUAAAGCCACAUGAAAAACGGGGCGGUGGGGACUGGAAGGUGAGGCCCCACCGCUGCAGGCUGCCAGGCGUCUUUAGCAGGAAGGACACUGUGCACACUGCGAUUUGGGGUUUUUAAUAAAAAGAGGCUUGUAAAACCUGCCAGCCAAACAAACGCAAGAAGACAAAACCCUUCAGAAUUUUUUCCCCAACAAAAUUUCUUGUUGAGGAAUCACAGAAGGAAAAUAAAAACAAGUCUCCAA